UUGUGGAAAAGAAAAAAGAUAGCGUGGGGAAGCCGGAGAGGGCACUGCCCCUAGUCGUCGUCGUCGUCGACUCGUGGUGGUGGUGGUGCUCGCGAGGGCUCGUUGGUCGGGGACAGCCGAGGUGGGGGCAAGAAGAGAGAUGGAUCGAUCUCUCCCUGUCACGGUGGCCGUCGCCGCCGCGCUCAUCUGCUGCUUCGGCCUCUGCCGCGGCGAGCGGCUCGGGGCGAGGGAGUGCGAGGAGCUGGGGUUCACCGGCCUCGCCCUCUGCUCCGACUGCAACGCCCUCGCCGAGUUCGUCAAGGACCAAGAACUAGUGGAGGACUGUCGUAAAUGUUGCACUGAGGAUUCAGACGAUUCUAUCAGUAAGCUCACAUUCUCCGGUGCAAUUGUUGAGGUGUGUAUGAGAAAGCUGGUGUUUUAUCCCGAAGUUGUUAGCUUCCUCGAAGAGGAUAAAGAUGACUUCCCUUAUGUUGAAGCCCGUUAUUCCUAUGGCUCUCCACCAAAGCUCAUAAUGCUUGAUGACAAGGAUGAGCAGAAGGAGACCAUAAGGAUCGACAACUGGAAGCGGGAGCAUAUUCGGCAAUUUCUCAAGGAGAAGGUGAAGCCAGUGAAAUCAGACAGCUGAGAGUCUGAGAUGAGUUCCUGUUCUUGCAAGACAUUUCCAAGUUGAAAUCCCAGUAAACCGUACGGAGCUUAGUUCUUUGCAAGCAAAAUCGCAGCCCGCUGGAGAUGUGCACCCAAUUCUGAACAGCAUGCGUACACCGCAAAUGUUUUGCUAGAGAAUUUAUUAUUUAUGGCUUAAAUUUGCUCUGUUGUAUUUUUAGGGAACAUUGGUUCUGCUAUUACGGUUAGGCAGCUGGUACUUUGAUACAUGAAAAAUUAGAGUUGUUUCCUGGACCUUUACCUCAAUAAAGUGGGUAAAAGAAUGCCAAAUGUGCUUUCAUUCCACGUUUUUUUCA